GUGAACGGGUGCUUGUUCGGGAUUAUAAACGCAUUUAUUCUGGCGCGCAUUUAUGAUCAGUUUCAUGUGAUUGCGAAAACUUAACUCAAUUAGCAUGUCAUCUAAGACGGUGGCUGGCCAACACUGGAAAAAAACUGGCAAGGAUUCCAAGGACAAGCGGCCAAAAACAAAAGCCAACAAGCAGACAUUUCGCGAUGAAGAAUACUGCAGGAUUUGUAACGAUGGAGGAGAUCUGCUGUGCUGCGAUUCCUGUCCUUCCGUUUACCACCGAACCUGUGUGAUUCCCCCUUUGAAUUCGAUUCCAAAAAAAGAUUGGAUCUGUCCGCGCUGCAUCCCCUUUCCCGGAAAAGCCGAGAAGAUAUUGUCAUGGCGCUGGACCAUUGACCGCCACUCCAGACCAUCUCAAGGUGAAGUACGCGAGUACUUUAUCAAGUGGCAUGAUAAGUCCUAUUGGCACUGCGAAUGGAUUCCCGAAUGGCAGAUCCUCCUGCACCACGCCUCGCUGGUUGUGAACUUCCAGAGACGGAACGACAUGGAAGAGCCGUCAAGUCUCGAGGAGUUCGACGAUCAGGAUCAGGAUCGCGAUCUGCACGAGCGAUUUUACAGGUACGGCAUUAGGCCGGAGUGGCUCCGUGUCCAGCGGGUUUUCAAUCAUAGAAAAGAGCCCAAAGACUGCACUUUUUACUUGGUAAAAUGGCGAGAGUUGUCCUAUAGCGACAGUAGCUGGGAGAUAGAAAAUGACGGCAUCCCGGGUCUUAAACAGGCCAUCGCUCACUACAAGGAACUGCUGUUCAGCAAGAAGGAACGCCCAGAAGAUAGGCCUGCACCCACCAUGGACCUGAAUAAGAAGUACCAGGACCAGCCAGUCUUCUUAAAAGAGGCGGCCCUAAAAUUGCAUCCCUUUCAGAUGGAUGGCGUAAGCUGGCUUCGCUAUAAUUGGGGCCAAGGCAUCCCCACCAUACUGGCCGACGAGAUGGGUCUGGGCAAGACCAUUCAGACAGUGGUUUUUCUUUACUCCCUGUUUAAGGAGGGCCAUUGUCGCGGACCCUUCCUUAUAUCCGUACCGCUUUCCACAGUGGCCAACUGGGAGCGAGAGCUGGAACUCUGGGCUCCAGAAUUUUACUGUAUUACCUAUGUAGGGGGCAAAACUUCUAGAGCGGUUAUCCGAAAAAACGAGCUGAGCUGCAAGGAGGUAACCACCAAAACCAUGCGGGCAAAACAAACCCAGUACAAAUUUAACGUAAUUCUGACCAGCUACGAGCUUAUCUCUUUGGACGUCGCCUUCCUGCGUAGCAUCGAUUGGGCGGUCUUGGUCGUGGACGAGGCACAUCGGCUAAAGAGCAACCAGAGCAAGUUUUUCAGGAUGCUGAGCAAGUACCGUAUUGUCUACAAGCUGCUGCUGACCGGCACUCCGCUUCAAAACAAUCUUGAGGAGCUGUUUUAUCUUCUUAAUUUCCUGAGUUCUGACAAGUUUGAUGACCUGCAGAGCUUCCAGGCCAAGUUCGCCGAUGUUGCAAAGGAGGAGCAAGUGAAGCGACUGCAUAAGAUCUUAGCACCGCAUAUGCUCCGUCGCCUAAAGGCGGAUGUCCUUAAGAACAUGCCCUCAAAGGCGGAGUUUAUUGUGCGCGUAGAGCUGUCGUCCAUGCAAAAGAAAUUCUACAAGCUUAUCCUCACCAAGAACUUCAAGGCCCUAAAUAAGAACGGCGGCGGUCGCGUGUGUUCCUUGCUUAACAUCAUGAUGGACCUGAGAAAGUGCUGUAACCAUCCGUAUCUUUUUCCCUCUGCCGCCGAGGAGGCGACCAUCUUGCCCAGUGGUCUUUACGAGAUUAAUUCGCUGAUCAAAGCAUCUGGCAAGUUAGACUUGCUGUCGAAGAUGCUAAAACAGCUAAAGGCGGACCACCACAGGGUCCUUAUAUUCUCCCAGAUGACCAAGAUGCUGAAUAUUCUCGAGGACUUCCUCGAAGGGGAGGGUUACCAGUACGAGCGCCUCGACGGUGAAAUCAGAGGCGAUUUACGUCAGGAAGCCAUUGAUAGAUUCAAUGCCCCCAAAGCGGAGCAGUUUGUCUUCCUUCUGAGCACUCGAGCAGGAGGACUGGGUAUCAAUUUGGCCACAGCCGAUACGGUCAUUCUUUUCGAUUCAGACUGGAAUCCACACAACGACGUUCAGGCCUUCUCACGUGCUCAUCGCAUGGGUCAGACAAAGAAGGUGAUGAUCUACCGAUUUGUGACCCACAACUCCGUGGAGGAGCGCAUUAUGCAGGUUGUCAAACACAAGAUGAUGCUCACUCAUCUUGUGGUUCGCCCGGGAAUGGACGCCAACAACAACAAUUUCACGAAGGACGAGCUCGAAAACAUCCUUCGCUUUGGCACCGAGGAUCUUUUUAAAGACGGGAAGGGGGAGGCUAUUCACUAUGACGACAAGGCGGUGGCCGAACUCCUUGACCGUACCAUUCGAGGCAUUCAGGAGAAGGAGUCUUGGGCCAACGAAUAUCUUUCGUCGUUCAAGGUCGCCUCUUACGCCACUAAGAAAGAACACGAGGAGCAGGAUGACUACAAUGAUGAUACGGAAAACACUGACCCAGCCUACUGGGAAAACCUGAUGGGCCAAAGCCAGCCGAAGAAACCAAAGAAGCAAAAGAAGCUGCCGCAGCAGUCCCAUGAGGACGUCGAGAGCAGCAUGGGAAAGGGCAAGCGAAUCCGAAAGGAAGUCAACUAUUCAUUGCAAGCUAAUAAUGCGAUCGACAUCGACCCAGAAUACACACCUGACACCUCGUCAGACAGUAUAAUAUGAUUGUGAGAUAAAUAUUAUAUAUAGGAAAUCCACACAUCACCAACAGAAUUAGAAACACAAACCAAAAUGUUAACUAUUUAAGUUUAUUUUGCAAUCUUGCCCAAGCGCAGCUAUCUUGAAUAUGUUAUAUUUAGUUUUUAAAAUCUUCCCAUUAACAAUUGAAAAAGCUUAACUUAAAUUUUGUUUAAAUAUGUUAUUUGAAAACUGAGAAACAAAUAAAGAUGAGCUCGAUAGAAGAGAAAAUAAAUUAUGGUCGAGCCGAGAACAUUGGCCAUAUAAAUGACAA